CCCGCAAGCAUGCCAGUAACGAUUGCAAGGAUUCUCACAAUGAUCCGGCAAAAAAUGGCAACAGAUUUCUCGCCAAAACCGGAAAAGAGCGCACCAAACCUCAGGAAAGGAUCGCAACACAAAAGGCAAGGCUGCAACACCAAAGGGCAACCUAGCUAGUUCUUACUAUCGAAUCGCUACUAGCUACCCUAGUUCACGCACAUCCUUUCACUUGAAUUGUCAAAACCAUGAUGCUUCGAACAUCCCUUGUGAUUGUGCUCCUCGCAGCAUGGAUUGUACCUCAUACCGAUGCCACCAUUCGAGGGGGCCAAGAGGCGCAGAACAAGAGGGAAGCUGUGUCAAGGAAUGCCCGCCAUUUGAUGAAGGACAAUAACAAGAAGAACAAUGGAGCAAACUCUGCUACUGGAGGAACUUCUAGUUUCUGGGUUACACCAGGCGCAACUCAGGGAGGAGCAGCUCCGGAUUUGAGCUCUGCAUCGGUAGGAAGCGUCGUUGUUCAUCAUAGCAAUGGCCAAUCAGAUCGAACCGAGCCAGGAACAUCAUCGUCGGCCAUUAAUGUAAAUCCUCCAUCAGUGACUGGAUCAACCACAACGUCAACGACAACGACAGCUACAACGACCGCAGUGACAACCGGGAACAGCUGGGGUUAUCCCAACGUUCCAGGUGUAGGAGCCAAUGGCAGCGAACUUGGAAGUCCCAGCAUUGGCGGCGUACAAGUCGUAGGACCCGAUGGGACUGUCACUCAAUCGAUUGGCAACACGGAUCGUGUGGACCCAUCUGCUCAGGCGUCGACGAAUACCAUUGCCGUCGCUCCAAAUAAUGGCGACAAGGGAAAGGGAAAGGGCAAAGACAAGAACAAAAAUAAAAACCAAAACAGCCGCGAGGGAAGUUCCGACAGUGCCUCCUUUUGGGUAACACCAGUCAACCCAGGACUCGGUCAAGCUGCUCCCGAUCUAUCAUCUGCGUCUGUCAAUUCCGUCACUGUAACUUCACGCACCCCUUAGAGGAGAACGAACAACAAGAGUAGGGAUUGUCUUUCCUGAUUGUUUUGCGAGCACAGCUAGUAUGAACGAGGGUGUUUAUAGAAAUGGUCAUGAGCAGAUCAAGCGAUUUGCUUGUAUUCUUGCUUGCGACCUGCGGGGGACAACACCCGACACUACCUAGCCCAGCCAGCCAUGAACGAAACGCAGCCAAUAAUGAUGCUACUUUUUCUUUGGUAGAGGGAGGAAGAAAAAGUAUGUAUCUAUGUCAUUAGAAAGAAAAGAAGAGAAGAGAAAGCAAAGCAAACAACGGAAUACCCAAGAGCCAAGGAAGCAAGAACCAAGAAUAAAAUAAAUAAUAGAAAGGAGUAUUCAAUUCU